AUGACGACAACAAGAUUACCACCAAUUCAUGGUUUUCAUAUCCACGUUUAUAGAAAUGGCGAUCGAUUUUAUAAACCGCGUCGUUUUACCGUGAAUCCCAAACAAGUUCGUAGUUUCGAUGCUUUAUUAAGCAUGGUAACCAAUGGAAUUAACUCAAGAAGUGGAGCUGUACGAAAUAUUUAUACACCGACAUUUGGUCAUAAAGUUCAAGAUAUGGCAUCGAUACAACAAGGAGGCAAUUAUGUUGCUGGUGGAUCGGAAAAAUUCGUCCGCAUACAGUAA